AUGCAUCACAUAUGCAUUUGUGACUGGAACUCUUCUCGGAGAGGCUGCCGCUGAACCCGUCCCACACGCAGCCCACGGUGUCCCACACCCAGCCGUUCCUCGGGCAGGACACGAAGGUCUUGCGCUUCAUUUCAUUUUCUGUUGAGUAAUAACUCACGUUGAAAAUGUCCUUUGUGGAGGAGAACUCAGGAGUGAAAAUGGGCUCUGAAGACUUGGAAAGAGAUGAACCCCAGUGCCUCUCAGAAGGUAAGUUGGAAGCCCCCCUGGAGCCAGACCCAAGCCUCCCCUUCAUGAGUUUUGUUCACUCAAAGAUCUUCUUUAUGUUACCCACAUCCUUGAGCUCAGCCUCUGCAGAGAAAGGAAGUCCUAUUCUCUUGGGGGUCUCUAAAGAGGAGUUUUGCUACUGUGACAAGGAUAAAGACCAAAGUUGUCCAUCCCUUCAGCUGAAGAAGAAGAAACUGAUGAAGCUGGCUGAUCAAAAGGAAUCAGCACGCUGGCCCUUCAUCUUUCAUAGGACUCAGGUGGGCUCCCAGAACUUGCUGGAGUCAAUGGUUCACCCCAGAUGGUUUGUCUGCACCUCCUGCAAUUGUAAUGAACCUGUUGGAGUGACAGAUAAACAUGAGCACAAGAAACACACUGAAUUUUUAUUUCAUCCAGUUUGCAAAGCUGAAAUGAGCCCCAGUGAGGUCAGUGAUUAGGAAACUGCCCCAUCGAAUGCCUUCCUCCGUAAUUGACCUAAUUGUAUAAAAACCAAAAUCCUGCUCACUAACCAUUAUGUCAGUGUGUUUCAUUUCUCAUUCACACUUUAAGGAUUUGUGUUUUUAGGAAAUAGCAAGAAUAUUGUUUAAUUAAAAAGUUCUGGGUUGGAAAGAGCCCAGCUUCUGCUUGUAUACUGCUACCCUGAACCAUCAGACAUCCACAUGUGUGUCCUAUGCUAUGAUAUGGCCAGUCUGAGUGUGAUACUUGCAACAGGAAGGAGCAUCUGGAUGCAAUCAGUCCUUCCUACUGGGGUUUGGUAGAUGCUGAGGGCAUUGAUCCUGGGGAAGAAGUG